AAUUAUGCCAAGAAAUGAGAUCUGAAAUGAAGGAUGCUAUGAUUGUCUAUGUAGAUAUAUAUGCCAUCAAGUAUGAUCUAAUUGCCAACUCUAGCAAAUACGGUUUCUCAAAUCCACUAAUGGCGUGUUGCGGCUAUGGAGGACCACCAUACAACUAUAACAUUCAGGUAACGUGUGGUCGGACUGGCUACCAAGUCUGCAACUUGGGAUCUCGAUAUAUAAGUUGGGAUGGAAUCCAUUACAGCGAAGCAGCGAACACCUUUAUAGCCUCCAAAAUACUUUCCAUGGCCUAUUCAACACCCAGCGUCGCAUUUGAUUUCUUUUGCCUUGCAUGAUUGUUCGUCAAGACAUUUUGGUAUCAUUAUUUAAUUUGUUGCAAAAAUGC